AUGUCGACGGCAAGGACACGGCCGAUGCAGCACGUCGACCGCAAGGAGCUCUACACCAACUUGGAGGCACGCAUUCGCUACCUGCACUCUUUCCUUGAUUUUGGGACCAACGACAUUGAAGCUCUCAAGAGCGGCGCCAAGUACAUCCAGGCGCUGAUUCCCGCUGUGGUCAAUAUUGUAUACCGCAAGCUUUUGCAGUAUGAUAUUACCGCGCGCGCCUUCACGACCCGGAGCACGGCCUUCGAGGGACCUGUUGACGAGCAGCCCGACGAGUCCUCUCCCCAGAUUCUGCACCGCAAGUCGUUCCUCCGCGCCUAUCUUAAGAAGCUGUGCUCGGACCCGACUCAGAUGGAGUUUUGGGAGUACCUUGACAAAGUUGGCAUGAUGCAUACCGGUAUUGGUCGCGCACACCCGCUGCAUAUCGAAUAUAUUCAUGUUGGUGCUACUCUGGCAGUUAUUCAGGACGUGUUGACCGAGGCUAUUUUGUCGCACCCGCGUCUCCACAUCGCCCGCAAGAUUGCCAUCAUUAAGGCCCUUGGCAAGGUCAUCUGGAUCCAGAACGACCUCUUUGCCAAGUGGUAUGUCCACGACGGCGAAGAGUACACCGAGGGAGUGGACUAUGAGGCGAUUGUUGAGAAGGAGGGUUAUCUGCAUGGCAAGAAGGUCCUAUCUCCCGAGGAGGAGUUGAGCCUCUCGGAGAGCAGCAGUAGUGACGACACGGCCACUGGUUGCCCAGGCCAGAGAGCUGCCGCUGCUGGCAGCGUCUGCCCUUUUAGUGGUUUAUCGACAUCUAUGGCUGGGCUUAAAGUUCAGGAGAACGGGGAUAAGGCCAACGGAGAGAAUGCGUCAAAGGCUGAUGGUGCUGUGAAUGGCCAGUAG